AUGGCUGCAUUAAAGAAAAGGGCAACAAGUGCAGUAUGGGAGUAUUACACUCAAACAACACAGGGGAAGGCAGUCUGCAAUACAUGCAAAGUAGGUGUCAGCAUGGGAUCAACAAGUGCAAAAGCGACAAAUACGUCAAACCUGUGGUCCCAUCUUAGGAAUCAUCACCCUGGUAUCUAUGGAACCGCACAGGGGAAACGUGAAUCUGAAUCUCAGCAGGGGACAAUGACUCCAACUCAGCCUACAAUGCAUGACAUGCUUGAGAAACAAAAAAAGUGGCCAAAAUCUGAUAACCGAUCUAUACAAAUGGACAAACUAAUUACAGAGAUGAUUGUCACUGACAACCAACAGUUCACACUGGUCUCUGAUGUUGGCUUUAAGCGCCUCAUGGCUGCAGCGGAACCACGAUAUGCGCUGAAAAAUGAGAAGUAUUACCGCACUUUAAAGCUGUAUGAUGUUCACCACAAGGUUGUAGAGAAGAUAAAAGCCCUGAUCCAACCAGAGAAUGCUGGCCACUCACUCUCCUUCACUACAGACUGCUGGUCUGGAUCAACCGAGACACUGAUGAGCCUAACAUGCCACUUUAUUGACAAUGAAUGGACCAGAAAGCAGGUUGUUUUGAAUACAAAGGCGAUGCAUGGAUCCCACACUGGGGAAUAUAUCGGAGAGACAUUCCUCGGCAUGCUUGAUCACUGGAAAAUAAGCAAAGACUGUGUAGCACUUGUGCUUCGAGACAGUGGAGCAAAUAUGGUCAAGGGAAUGAGGCUUGCUGAACUCCCAGACCUCAGCUGCACAGCGCACUCAUUGCAUCUCGUGGUGAAUGAUGGUCUGUCAAGUCAAAGAGCCGUCAUAGAUGUCAUUGCGAUGUUAAAGAGGUGUGCCACCCAUUUCCACCACUCAAUUCUUGCCAAGCAGCGUUUGAGGGCCAUUCAGAAGGACCUUGGCUUGCCAGAACACAACCUAGUCCAGGCUGUCCCGACCAGGUGGAACUCAACGCUCCACAUGCUGCAAAGAGCACUGGAGCAAAAACGUGCUCUUAGCAUCUACGCCGGUGAACACGGAGGAUUUGCCUGUCCUAAUUCUCACCAGUGGGACAUUGUGUCCAAUUUGGUCGAAACUCUCAUCCCAAUAGAGGAAGUGACACUAGAGGUGAGCCAUAACAACUCCUCAGCGUCCUGCAUCAUUCCAUGUCUGACUGUGCUGAAGAUGCUAUUUCAAGGUGAAGGGCCCUCGACACAAGGCAUCAGAACACUCAGGCAAGUCAUGAGGGAGAGCCUGGUCAAACGUUUCUCAAAACUGGAAGAAACAAAGAUGGUGGUGCUGGCAUGUCUCUUAGAUCCUCGCUAUAAAAAUCAUGUAUUCUCCUCUGACGCUACACUGACCAAGGCCAAAGAAUGGCUGAAAGAGGAUGUGACUAGUCAAGAAGAGCCUGAAGACAGAAGAACACCCAAAAGGCAACAGAGAGAACAGGUAUCUUGUCGUAGCCGUAUUGAUGACAUGUUCAGUUCUCUUCUAGCAUCCCACACUGCUGAGCCGUUGGCUAAAUCCUGCCUCGAGGAUGACUUACAUCUGUACCUCAAGGAGCCAGUGAUCGACAGGCGUAAGGGAGAUCCACUCCAGUGGUGGAGACAGAAUGAAGGGCGCUUCAAGCUACUUGCCACACAAGCAAGAAAGUGUCUUUGCCCACCACCCUCGUCUGUUCCAAGUGAGCGGAUCUUCAGCGAAGUCUCUGCCAUCUACGAGAAGAACAGAAGCCGUCUCACUGGAGAGCAUGCUGAGCAACUCUGCUUUCUGCACCACAAUCUGGUGCUGCUGAAUUGGGAAUACUAA